UGCACAAUUACCAACAACUUCGCCGAUCCCUCUACCUUUAAUCGAACCUUUCAACUUCCUCCUUUACAUUUACAGCCAGUCACCAUUCAAUCCAUUUUCAUGAUGUCGAAUUUACUGCAAGACCUAAUCGCCGAGAUACUAAUCCGAUUACCAGUGAAGUCUGUCGUACGCUUCCUCUGUGUUUCUAAGGAAUGGUACGCCCUAAUCACCAGUUCAUAUUUCAUCAAAAUGCACUUGAAGUUCUCCAUUGAGACCAACAGAGACCGCACACUCAUCCUCAACGAAGAGGACUUCGCACCGGCUUCACAUUAUUUUUCCGCCGUUCAAUUCUCAUCCAAGUACAAUCGGUUCGGCAAGACCGUUGAAAUUUACCAGCCGCUACUAAACUGGGUCAUCUCGGACUAUUGCGACGGCUUGGUUUGCCUUCACAAGGGGCACGAAAAGCAAGACGUCGCAAUUUGGAAUCCACUGGUCAGGAAGUACAGGAGAUUUCCUUUUGAGCCAAUUGAGGAGCCCUCUGGUUUCUCGGAUGUUAGAUUUUCCCAUUUAGCGUUCGGGCACGAUCCGCGUAACGACGACUAUAAGGUGUUGAGGGUUAUAGAAUUUUAUAUGGAAGAUAUGAUUGGUAUGGAGUUUGAAGUCAAGGUAUGUAGUAUGAGAUCACCCACUUGGAAAAAAAUUGAUGAACAAUGGCCCAACAUGGUGAUAUGUCACUGGAAGUCGGUGGCUUUGAAUGGAGAUGUGUAUUGGAUAGUGGCUGAUCGAGUUGGGCAGCAUCGGAAGUCGCUUCUUGCUUUCGAUCUCGCCACCGAGAAAUUUCGGUUCUAUGGGACGCCGGUUCCGCUAGAAAACUAUCUGUCUACGUUUUUGGAUGUGUUGGGAGGACUCCUCUGUUGUAUUGUUCAUGAUUACAUGUAUUGUGAUGUUUAUUUGAUGAAAAAAUAUGGGGUAGAGAGUUCUUGGACUCAGAUUUUUAAAAUUGAGAAAAAUGUACUGUGUCGGAACUUUGAGUAUUUCAGGACUCUAAUGUUUUCCACCAAUGGCAAGAAGGUUCUGUUGGAGGAGCACCCAGAAUGCGGCCAUACGAGUCUUAUUUGGUAUGACAUAGAAAAGAAUAGAUGCUACAGGGUUAAGAAUCGGAGUUUUCCGUAUGUGUUUAAGGUGGCAACUUGUAUUGGGAGUCUUCUUCUCCUUGAUGGUGAUAAUGUGAUUGAUCCUACGCAGAAGAAGAAUAAGAGGAAGAGGAAGAGGAAUUAAUGUCCAUCAGAAUCUCUUGGGAAAAGCAUUAAAAUGCAAAAAGGAUAAAAAGGCGAUUGUGUAAUCGACUUUAUCUUUCAAAAGUAAUAUUUAAUUAUUGAUUUUGUGGUGUUAACUAGCUAUAUAUAACAAAAGCUGGAUUAUUCAUGUCUUAUGGUAUAUUUAGCUAUUUUUUUCAUCUUGUCAAUGUUAUUGAAACUUAUGAAUAUCUAAUAUGAUAAAGAUUGU